UACAGCAGCAACGAAUACCUAUCUGUCCACUAGUCAAGGUGGGGUUUUACAGUGGCUCUGCUGUUGGUCGUGCUGUUUUUAGCACUAUGACAACCGCAAUCAAGUGGACCACGUUGAUGUCGCUGAUCAUAUUGUCUGCCGUCCACGGCGCAGACUCCUUGACACGACCUUCAUUCAUCAAGUUCAUCGACAAUGGCUACUCGGGCAUCACCGUGGCAAUUCACAACAGAGUAGACGAAGAUCAGGUGUUGAUUGACAGAAUUCAGUACAUGUUCAAGGAGGCUUCAAAGUACCUGUACACAGCUACAAAGAAACGGGCCUACUUCAGAAACGUCACAAUCCUCAUACCGAAGACAUGGGCCAGGAAACCGGAGUAUGACCUUCCGGGUGGGGUCACCUUCGACAAUGCCGACGUCAUCGUAGCGCCGCCCAAUCCUCGCUGGGCCCCGCUGCAGUACACCAAGCAGUACGAGGGUUGCGGCAAACAGGGUGUUCACAUCCACUUCCUGGACGCCUUCCUGACCAAUCAGGACACGGAGCUUUACUACGGACCACUCGGGCGUAUGCUUGUCCACGAGUGGGCGCAUCUUCGUUGGGGGUUAUUUGACGAGUAUCCAGAUCCCGUGGGAGAUCCCGAUUAUUACCAGGAGUUCUACUACUCUCCCCUCACUCAAAGAUUCGAAGGAGUGAGGUGUUCAUACAACUACAAUGGCCGGCCGCUGAUCUUUCUUCCGGAAAGCUUUUCCUAUCGUGACUGUGCCGGUGAUCCGUUUGUUGGUUACGAGGAUAACUGCGUGUUCUUCAUAUUACAGGACCAGAGUGACGUCACAGCUUCCAUCAUGUUCGGCACGUACCCACUUGAACCGAUCACCAAUUUCUGCGAUGACACAGAACAGUCAAACAUGUUGCACAACCAAGAGGCACCCAACAAACACAACCGGCUGUGCUUCCGGAAGAGCAACUGGGAGGUCAUGCGAGGUCACGAAGAUUUCGAAGGGGGAAAGAAUCCUCCACGAGAAAUCAGCGACAAGGAUCUGAUACCAACCUUUAGGUUGGUUCAACACAGGGAAAUACGAGUCGUGCUUCUGUUGGACACGUCAGGCAGCAUGAAUGAUAACGAAAAGUUUGUGAAGAUGAUCAGUUCAUCUUACAACUUUCUGUCGUCCAUCGUGCUUGAUGGUAGCCGGGUUGGUAUCGUGGAGUUCAACACAUUUGGGAAGAUCCUGAAAAACCUAGUGGCCGUCAAUGGAGCUGCAGAUCGCUUGACGCUCCUGGAUGCUUUACCAUCAGAAGCUGAUGGAUGGACAGCCAUAGGAGACGGGCUUCUAAAAGCCAUUGAGGUUUUGUCAGCCAAUGAAGAAAGCCCAAAGGGAGGCAUCAUUAUGCUAGUCAGUGACGGGGAGGAAAAACACGGCAAUAAUGGAGAAAACCCUUACAAUUUACCUUAUGUUGCUGACGUCAUGGAUGAGGUUGUAGCCUCCGGUGUAAUAGUCGACACGUUAGCCUUUGCCCAGGAGGCCUCAGCUUUGCUACCAAGUAUCUCCAAGGCAACUGGUGGUAAAACAUUCUUCUACUCGAAUGAGCCUGGUUCCAACACCCUGUAUGAGGCAUUUGCAGCAAUCAUGGAAAGAGGAGAUGUUAGAGAUACUGACAAACGUGUACAGCUGUUGGGUACCUCGUGGUCUCUCAAGAAAAACGAAGAGCGAAGGGGUGGUGUUUUUAUGGACAGCACCCUUGGCAACGGAACAGCGUUCACCUUUUCUUGGAGCAAGGUGGAUAAUCCAGCUAUUGAGGUGACCAUUAUGAGGCCGAACGGGGAAAUCCUAGACUCUUCUUACGAUGGCUUCGGUGAGGAUGCAUCCUUCAAAACAAUCAUUGUGAGAAUCCAAGGACAUGCAGAAGAGGGUGCGUGGAUAUUCACAGUGCGCAACAGACGGAAUGGAAAACAGGAUGUCGCCAUUGCUGUGUCGUCAUACCCGGCAAGUGACAACGUGGAGCCCAUUGUCGUGACGUCAGAGUUGAGCGGCUCCAUCACGGCUUUUGAAAAGGGCGAGCCGCUGGUGGCCUACGCAGAGGUCCGUCAGGGCUUCAGCCCCAUGAUUUACGCCAACGUGACGGCAACUAUCGAAAGACCGGGAGGAUAUGAUCCGGUUACCGUUCAGCUACUUGACAAUGGUGCAGGUGCGGACAUCACAAAGAAUGACGGUGUAUACUCCAGGUAUUUCACGGAGUUCACCGGUAUCGGCUAUUAUGGUAUUCGCAUCAACGUGGACAAUAACGGCGGAGACGCCAUUAUUAUCGAGUCCAAUCCCUUCUCAAAGGCCCGACCGAUUGUGAGCCCGGACAAGGUUUAUGAUCUGCCGGAGAUCGGUGGUAUCAAGAUUCCGCCCCCUGGUACCCCUCCAGCGGAGCCAAGAGGCAGGUCAGCCCCGGCAUUCAGCCGCGGUAUCUCGGGUGGGUCCAGCCGAGUAGACGAAGUACCUCCAGGCUUCUCACCCGGGGACGACCUGUUCCCACCAGGGGACGUCUUGGACCUCAGAGCCACUGACUCCUCGUUUCAGAAGAAGACGGUGACGUUGGCUUGGACGGCUCCCGGUGAUGAUCUCGACAACGGGGCAGCCUCCCGGUAUGAAGUCAUCCGUGCUGGGUCUAUCCAAGCCUGGCAGAACGACUCGACUCCGGCUGCCCAUCUGAUCCUCAACUCCAGCCACAUCCUCCAGGGGAGCCUCUCUACGCCUCAGGAGUUCGGCAACGAAGAGGAGUUAGUGGUCCUCGUGCCGGUACCGGAGGGCGCCACCGUGGCCUCGUAUGCGUUCGUGCUGCGCGCUUUCGACGACGCCGGAAACCCAUCCGGGUUUUCCAACGUCGUACAGGCCGCGCUCAGGGAGCGGAUCCCCGAGGCGCUGGCAGACGGCUUGCUGGGCUGGCAGAUCGCGUUGAUUGUCGUCGGUAGCAUCGCCGUGGCGCUGUUGCUGAUUGCUGGUGGGGUAGUUGCUUUCAAGCACUUCAAGCCCAACGAUAAAAAAGUGAAGCAGUCUUCCAACAAGGAAACCCGGGAAAUGACUUAAAGAUGAAUAUGUCCCUGGACUACUGCUACAGUGGCUUGCAAUGCGCUAUGUUGAGGUCCCGCUCACAACUGAUCUUAUGAAGCAAUUGCUUUUCUUUCAAAUAAGAAAUUUCUUUAUUUUAUAAAAUUGUUUGUACUAUUUUACUUAAAUAAGGCGCUAUAUUAUUUUUAAGGCAACCUUUCUGUCAUUACAACGUUUGGCAUUAUCGGAAGCCUGCUUAGUUUAUUUUGCGCAGACUUUGCGGACAGGGCAAGGGACGGGCUACCGGUAUUGUAUCAAGUAACUCUUUCUUUGAACUGCUAAAGUAGCUGUGUUGUUUUACAUUUUGCAGUAAAUUGGCAUAAUAUUAUACAAUUCUCUCUGGUCGCAUAAUUAUAGCUCCACUACUAUACUGUUAAUUCGACUGCCGAGAUCUCGCAACGAUACUUAGGUCGGAUAAAUCUACGGUAAGUUAACACAGAAUGCUCUGUUUUUCAGGAAUUACUUCGACGUCGACCUCUUUUGUUGAAGCAGCUGCGACACUGAAGGAAAAUAUGUUGAAUCCAAAAACAAUAUCUUAUCUAGUCAAUAAAACACAUUUCCGUAUCACACAAUAGGACAACGCCGCCAAACAUUUGUUAACAGGUGACACCUUCAAGCUUCGUAACUCUCAACCAAUCUUCGCAACUGGAUCAACUGAAUUUGGGUAGGUUUAUAGCUGGUUUUUAUAUUAGCAUCAAAGCCAAUAGACAAGUGCUUUAUCUACCAGAAGUUGAAAAUGAUAGUAAGUGCUGAGGCCUAGUUGCGCUAUAAAUGAUAAUGUUUGAGUUAGAACCCAAAGUUGAGAAGUAACACAAGUGAUAACUGACGAGCAGACCGCAAACCUUGGCAAUCUGUUUACAAAUAGCAUCAACUAUGAUAAAUGUUUUAUUCAUAAAUUUAUGCUAUGCUACUUAUAACUUUCCCUAUAGUAGAAGUCAUCAUGCAAGUAUAAUUGAGAGUGUCUUCUUGUGACCUUUACCAACCCCAACGACAAUUGAUACUCGUAUCGUGCAUUACUCACGGUUCGUGCUCCGCGCAUUCUAUAAUUUCGAGAACCCGGCCGGGGUUCUUUGAGGGCCGUGCACCGUGACUGGACUGCUGCUGCGAAGUGUCGAGGUUUGCCGGGCGAGCAUACCGCCCCGAUUGUCCCGAUGAGCGUCACUGUGGUGCUGUUGUUAAUUCCCAUGGUCACAAGCGUUGAACCGUGUGAGCGUGCCCUUGAGGCAAGACACUUCUUUCACUCUUUCUCUCCAAGACGGAGUAAUAGGGUACCCGAGAGGGCAAAGAUGGUCGUCGAUGAUUCAUAAUAGAAAUCAAAUCACUAAACUGCUUUUCGCUGAACUUGCGCCCUCGAGCUGUAAACCUCUAGGGCGCUGAAAGGGUAUUUGGGAUGAUUCGGCCUUCGGCAUCUUUGGGUGGAUAUGUUGCGCAUUAUGAAUGUCUUAAUUAACCUGAACAGAUGAAUGAGCAGUCUACCCUCUGAAAACGCAGGCAACAUAGACAAGGGAAGGGUAUGAUCAUAGCCAUGCCUCCCUUAAGAAAAAGAGGUUAGCAUUUAAAAACUGUAUAAAUUACUUCAUUUAUGACUACUGACUCGCAGUGAAAGUCAUGAUCGGUGUCUGUGGUGCUAUAGUUCAAUUAGGGUUUUUAAACAGCAAUGAUAUCUUACUGAAUUAUUCGUUUUUGUCAGAUACAAUAAUAAUUAGAUCUGUAGUGUUUUUAUUCUUUGCUUUAUUUUAAGCAAAAGUCCGCAAUUGUCCACUAGGAUGAGGUGGUUCAUUUAUCGUGUAAACCAACAAGCAGAUUUAGAAGCCAUUGCGGGGGCACAGGUGGUACAAGCGCGUUACAUGCCUGUUUGACCAAUAGGGUGUCGUGCACGCGCGCGUCAAGCUGAUAGAUGUGCGCGUGUGAGUGCAGUGCCUCUGCAGUGACGGUGUGUCUGUGCUCACAUUAAUCUAUAACAUUAUGUAGCAGACAAGUGUUCCAAUGUGUUGAACAAGGUAUUAGAACUAAGAAGUGGUCUUCACACCGACCGCCCUAAGAGACAAUCUCUCUAUUGGGUAGUUAGAAAUGUUGGUGUUAAAUUUUCACUUGUGGAGUGUCCGUAAUAAUUCAGGGCUUAAUUACAUGUGCUUGGUUUUAAAAUUAUGGCAUUUAUAUUUGUAGUACCGCUACUGAGUAGUUGCUAAUAAACAGUGAAGUAUAUUGCUCAUUCUCCUUUGAAGUAA